AUGUACAAUUUUCCAAUUCAGUUUUUCCAAAAUUUAAGGAUAAGAACCUUAAAAGUUAAUAAUUUUAAUUUUUUUGACCGCUUCAUCCUGUUUACAAGGCGUUUAAUUUCAAGUCAAACAUCCCCUACACACACUUCUAAUAUACCUUCAGUACCGUCAAUUCAUGACCCUGAAGUGGUUCGACGGCCUGGGGAAAUAAUAGAUGUAGCUACACUUACCAGAAAUUACUGGUCAUUUCCAGCCGUUGGGUUUAACAGCGUUUUGGAGCUGCCAGUUUAUGUCUUCGAGUACUACGAUCGCAAGGAUGUGAAGGAGGCGAUCAGAUACCUCAGAGUACCAAAUGAUAUUUUUGGACUACCAAUCAGACCGGAUAUACUGCACAGAUGUUAUCAGUUUUACAGAAGAGCAAAGGCGGGUUAUUCUGAGGAUAUGCAGCUGUACAAGUGGGAGUGGCCAGGUAGUACAAAAAAAUGGAGAAAACAACAGAAGUCCGGCAAGGCCAGAAUAGGCUGGAAGAAGUCACCUGGGAAGUAUGUUGGAGUGUUUGCACAUCCACUUCGUCCAAAGGAUAACAGGACCAAGAUACAAAGAAGAAGUAAACUAGUGUUUUUAAUUAGAUUUUUAGCGCUUUACACUGGACUGAAGAUUAUGCUAUCAGCCAAAUUUGCACAGUCCCAGAUUCAGGUGGUUGACUCUUUCCUUAUGGCAUCUCACAAGACUAAAUACGCAGUUCAAAAUUUGAGGAGAAUCCUUGGUGAUCGAUGUAACUCAGCUUUACUUGUUUUCGAGGGUUUGAGUGACUCUAACGAGAACUUCAGGUGGUCAACAGCCAACAUUCCUUCAGUACGUAGAGAAACAGUAGAGGGAGUUAAUGUUUAUAACCUUUUAAAGUACAGACAACUUGUUAUAACGCAGUCUGCUUUGAGGAAACUGAUUUACUACAUUGAGAACUACCCCAAGAAAUGCGACUGGAUCCCAAAGUACGCUACCCCUAAUAAUACGCCGGCACCUAUACCUCAGAAGGUCAAGGGAUGGAAUUCAACCUGGAUUGAGAACAAGUUGAAGGCUAGACUAUCACCUGAAUCAAAGGAGAAGUGGAUGGAGCAGGUUAAGAACUGGAAAUGGUCCAGUGACACUAAGGGUGCUCUUAAAGUUCCAAGGGAUGAUCCACUAAAAUGCUUUAGGCUUAUUGAUCUUCCAAUCAGUGACUCUAGUGAAAUUAAAAAGCGGUUCCAGUACCUGUACGACGUUACCUUUGACCCUCCUGAAGAGGUUGAACUUGACUCCUACGAACCCAUGGAAGAUGAAGCCGAAUCUCUGGUACAGUUUACUAAUGAAUAUAUUGAGCAGGAUUUAAAAACAUUACAAGAAUUAAAGACAUUUAAAUUAAAAUAA